ACAACGUCGUCAUAUCAUGCACAUCACACACAAUUCACCACACACACACACACACACACACGCAUACACCUCCGUACCGUCUUGCUAUCCUCUUCACUUUUGUGAUUCUCGAGUCAUCAACGGAUAGGCAACCAAUUGACCAACCUCGUAAACCACCGCCUGGCUUUCCAUCCUACUUGUAGCUUGUGUGCUCAAUCGGACUUCCACGCAAAAUCCUGUCUGACGAAUUCUAGACUUUCUCUCGUCCUCCAUUCCUUCCGGAAACCCGCAACCAUGGUCGCCCCUCAUUACGACUUUCUCAUCAAACUGCUGCUCAUUGGCGAUUCCGGAGUCGGAAAGUCGUGCCUGUUGCUAAGGUUCUGUGAUGAUGCCUGGACACCCAGCUUUAUCACCACUAUUGGUAUCGACUUUAAAAUCCGUACCAUUGAGCUGGAUGGCAAGAGGAUCAAGUUACAGAUCUGGGAUACCGCUGGACAAGAACGAUUCAGGACCAUAACGACGGCGUAUUAUCGUGGCGCCAUGGGCAUCCUUCUGGUUUACGAUGUCACAGACGAGAAGAGCUUCAAUAACAUCCGGACUUGGCAUGCAAACAUCGAGCAGCACGCUUCUGAAGGCGUCAACAAGAUUCUUAUCGGUAACAAGUGCGAUUGGGACGAGAAGCGUGCCGUUACUUUAGAGCAGGGAAGACAAUUGGCCGACGAGUUUGGUCUGAGGUUCCUAGAGACCAGUGCAAAGGACAACGAGGGCGUCGAAGAGGCGUUCUUCACGCUAGCCAGGGACAUCAAGACCCGUCUGAUCGACAGCCAACCUGACGCUGCCGUUGCUGGGGCGUCGCAAGCUGGGCUGGCUGGAAAGAGUUCUGGAAACGUCAACGUUGGGCAGGGGCAGAACCAACAAAGUUCUGGCGGAUGCUGCUCGUAGACAACAAGCCCUGACCACUUCCCUUGCGUCCACGGCGAAUCGCUUCGCUUCGCUUCGUUCGACCAGUUGUAUGAUAAUGACGUGUCUGUCGUUCUCGAUUACGGAUCUGAUAUC